AUGGUGUUCAUCAAGGAAGAGUUCGAGAUGAUGCAGUCCUUCCUCGACGCCACCAAUGGGGACUGCAUCAAGAAUAAAGUGGUGAAGACCUGGGUGAGGCAGGUCCGCGAUCUGUCUUGUGACACUGAAGACUGCAUUGAGUUCGUCGUCCACCUGGACGCAAAGCAGCUUUGGUGGCUCCGCUUGCUGCCAUCCUGUGUGGUCGCAGGAGCAGCGCUACCCCUGGACGAAGAAGUCGCAGAGAUAAAGCUACUCAAGGCCCGUGUGGAGGAUCUGAGCCAGAGGAGCAUGCGCUACAACCUCAUCAGUGAUUCUGGCUCCAAACCUGUCACGGAGAUGGAACAGAAGCUCUCUGCAAACUCAAGGGCAUUGGACAUUUUUGUCAAGGCGAGGGAAGACGAUAAGGAUCUGGUCGCCUUUUCGGAACUCAAAACUUCGAUAUCCAUUGCAGAUAAGGACCUUCGGGUGAUGUCGGUUUGUGGAACAGGAGGUGAUCUUGGGAUGACAUCCAUCAUCAGGAAGGUGUAUGAGGAUUCAGAGAUAUGCUCCAAAUUCAAGUGCCGCGCCUGGGUGAAGUUGGUUCUUCCUUUCAAUUCUCAUGAGUUCAUCCGGAACUUGGUUGAUCAAUUCUACACAAACUGUUACCAGAAGCCAGGAGUGCCAAUGUCAGGCGCAGAUGUUAUGGCGAUGAUCCAUGCGCCUGCCGACACUAAUGUCGAGAAGGUGGUAAACCAAGUCAUCAACCAGCAAAGGUAUCUCAUCAUCCUUGAAGACCUAUCCAGCAUGGCUCAGUGGGAUCCCAUCAGGGCAUACCUGCCAGACAUGAACAAUGGGAGCCGGAUCAUCGUGUCAACGCACCAGCUCGAGAUUGCAAGCGUGUGCGUAGGGCAUCCAUAUUAUGUAUCGGAGAUUAAACAGUUCUCAGCCAAUCACUCUGUCUACUUGUUUUCCAGCAAGGAUAUUCAAGAAGAUAUCGGGAGCAGCAUGAGUGGGCGCUUAUUAUCCAGGCUAGAAAUUAGUGCCAACGACUGGCUGAAAAAUGUCUGCCUGCUUGUGCGCGAUUCUGCAAUGAAUCAACUUAUGGGGAAAAUUCAUUUGCCAGGCAAAGGGACUGAUAUACCACAUCAUGUGGUCUCAGUGUGGGGGACUGCUGAUGUUGGGAAAUCAGUUCUUGUCAGAACCGUCUUCUACCGUUGCGUGGUCAAACGGAUUUUCGAAAAGUACGCUUGGAUUCAUGCGCAGUCAGUGUACCACGUCAAGGAUCUUGAAUCUGAUGAGGCCCUUGAUCUAUUCAUCAAAGGGAAGUUGAAGGACUGA